AUGCCGCAAAUGUUUGAAAAUCGAUCACUGUGUACAACACCUUCGAAAACAAGCGCGAUUGUAAUCUAUCAACAAUCGGGCGGCGAAUUCGCGCUUCACAAAUUUCACUUGUCACACUUGCCUGAUCUCCGUUUAGUAUUCACGCGCAAAAGAUAUAUCCCGCGCAGCAUACAUUAUCUCCUUCCGGGACUGGCUACCAUUUUGAUGAUGUUGAUGCACUUACCUAGCAAUCCUUAUUCCAGUUGGGCGUCUAGCCGCGGCACAUGA